AUGCGCCUCUUCCCGUUACUCUUCCUAUUUUAUAUCAGUUUUGUUGAUGGAUCAUUAAUUUCAAGAAGUUCCAGAAUGAAACGGCAGAUAUCUGUUGGCUCAGAUGCUUCUACUGAUGGAAAUGGGGAUAGUGUGAUGACGGAUGCAUCAACUCAACAUUUCAAAAACCCAGAUGGUUCUCUUGGAAUGAACGUGACUGCUAACGGGAACUCAACGGGAACCGGUUCCACAAACAUUGAAACAUCAGCUGGGGGAAACGUUGGAGAUACAAGCGUUGACAACGUGGCAAAUGUUAUGUCGGUCGGCGAUAUUUCUAAAUCCUACUCGGACAUUUUCGCAGCUGUAGACGGCGAGAAAAUAACUUCGAAUGUGAUGCAACAGGGAAGAGUGGCGGGACAAGGAGCAACAUUGUCAAAUGUGAAUGGUGGAAGUUCUAUGCAAAAUCUCAAUGGAGAAAAUAAAAAUGGAUUCUCGUAUGGAAAUGCUGGCGGAACAGGAUCGAUCAAAACGGAAGCUGAAGUUCAAACUCAGCAGGUAAUGAGCUGGGACCAGUUGAUGGCUAGAAUUAUGGCAGUAGCAGCAUCUACUGGUUUGGGAAGCGCACAAUCAAAUCUGGACAUGGGAACUGGUUCUGGAAAUAAGAAUAUUACAAUCAGUGGAUUAGUCUCCGGAUUGAACUCUAAUCAAGGAACAGUGAACACUCUUGUGAAAGGAAACGGAAUAAUUAAUGGAACUGACCAGCAAAUUGUUGGAACUAUGUAUGGAAUGUCAUCAGGAAAAGGAAAUUCCACUUUGGUUGGGGCUAGCUCCAUUGUUAGUAACCAGUCUGACAGUCUUGGAGAAAUCCAAGCAUUCGGAAACUCCAAUGCGUUUUCCAGUGGUAACACUUCAGUGAAUCUGAUGUCCAACACUAAUAUUGAAGGAGAGGGUGGCCUUGGAGUAGUGCAUAUCAGCGGAAAAGGGCAAGGAAAGGAUAACAACAUUUUGGCAAGUAAUGGAUUGAAGUUUGUGAACUCUAACAAUGAUGCAGCAUUUAUGGGAACUGGAAACAUUAAAGGAAGUGGAACUGAUGAAAAUUCGAAAGCUUCUCAGACCGUAGAGACUGCAGUAGAUCCGAGUGGAAUUGUCAAAAUCAUUGCACAAAGUGAUGGUCAAUCAAUUUCCCAUGACGGCAAAAAUUCAUCGCUCUCUUUCAGUGACAACGGAUUAGUAGGAGGAUGGCGGAACUCUAGUUUUGGUGGAUACGCAAAUGGUGUUGGAGCUGCAAGUGGAAAAGAUUCAAAUGUAACAGGCCAAGGAUUCGUGGAAAUGGACGGGGAUUCUAUGAAUGGAAAUUCGUCUAUGCAGGCAUAUGGUACCGGAACUGGGCCCAUACUAGCAGAUACCAGAGCAGUACUCAAUGUUGAAAAGGACGGAGUUCAGAGAAAUGGAACAGUUAACGGAAUUGCUUCUGCCGAUGGAAACAACACUCAUGUUAACAGCUUAUCAAUGAUUAGUAAUAUUAAUGGUUUUGAAACUGUGAACAACUACCAAAAAGUUGCAUCAUCUGGAGCCGGAUCUUCAAGUGUUUCCGCAUCGAGUUGGACUAUUUUCAAGAGAAAGAAGCGUUUUUCUGUGUUGAAUGACAUUUUGAACAAAUGA